GAGUCCCGACCACAGCCAGGGCAGUACUUCCCUGCCUUCUCCGCCCUUCUGCCUCUCUCUCUCUCUGUCAGUGCCGCGCCUGUUACUGUGUGGCUCACCCCGCGGCUGCCUGUCUGUCUACCUACCUCGUUCCCAGCACCACCAUGAAGACUUCUCUCAUCCUGCUCCUCGUUCUGGGACUCCUCUGUCUCGCUGCUGCUAAGCCCCACAAUGAAGGCGGCAAGAGGACCCGACUCACCAAGCGAGCCAGGGAACACAAACUGACCAACCGUAUGGAACAUGGCGACCACCACCGACGGGAACACGGCCCUGCCCACAAGCCUGAGCAGCACCGUGCGGAGGUGGUACAUAAGAAGGAGGUGCCUACCCAUGACGCCAUGCACCACGCCCAGCCCCACAGGACUACUGAAGGCGCCUUACACAAGGCCGAGGCACGUAAGGGAGCCAUGCACAGGGGUGGUAACGGUGGCACAGGGUCCGUACACCGAGGAUCGGCUGGACAGCACGACCUCAAGAAGGAACUGCAGCUACAACACAUCACCGAACACAACAUUGAAAAGAAACACGAAGAUAAGCCAAGGAGGGAUGAGGCAGUAGGGAAGCACCUUAUAACCAACAGAGUGCCCCGUGGUGGAGACGCCACAGCCACCCACCUCCUCACCAACCGCACGCCCCAGGUAUCCUCCGCCACCAACACCAGCGACCAGCACAAGACCGGAGGCAAGGGCAAGAAUGGCACCAAGGAUGAUAUUCCCAUGGAGUCAGAGAGGCUAAUCCACGUAACAGCCCGGCCCCCUAAGGCACACAGGGUUAACAAGACACAUCACAAACCUUCCCCCGCUGCACCUUCCUCACAGGAAGAGGGAAGUACCCCAUCUACUAAGGCUAAGGCCCACAGGCCUCCUAAGAAGUACAGCCCAAAGAAGCACGGCUGGAAGAAGUCUGUACGUAAGGAUAAGGUAAAGGACAAGCUGAAGGAGAAGAGGGACAGGCGUGAGAAGCGGAAUAAGGCUCUGCACCGAGCUCAGAUUGCCAAGAAGCUGUAAAUCUCUGGCUCUAACAACACAAAGGAGAAUAUGGCAAACAUAGCUAAAAGUUAAUAAUUACAGUAUUAUCAAUUACAGGUCUAGUUUUGUCAACGAUAUGCCAAAUUUUAUUGAUUUAUCUGCACGAGCCCUUAUUGGUCCCUCAGAGAGUACAUGAUAAUACACAGCUAAGAAAAAUAAUUUACACUGAGUAAAGUUUAUGAAACUUUUCCAAGCACAAGAGUUUAUCAAGAACUUGUCAUGAAGUAUUUUUCAGCAUCUGGGAAUAAAUAGGAAAAUUAUCUCCAGGUAUAUCAUUAAGAUAUUUCUUACUGUAGCAUAUUCUCCUUUUAAUUUUUUUUUAUCUAGUUAUAGACCAUCAGUAAUUAAAGUCAUUAGACUUAAAUUUUUAAAGAAAAAUUAAAAUUCUGUGAAUUUAAUUACAUUAUCAUCAUGUAACUUCAAUGGAAAAAAUUAUGCUCUUAAAAUCGAAUCUAACAAAAUAUCAAUCUUUUUCAAGAACUGACUCUGACAUGUCAAAGAUGUCAGUUUACCUUCAAGUAGGGGCAAUAUAUAUAUAAAUAUAUAUAAAUGUAAUAUAACUUAUCACUCCUUUAACUUCUCUCGUAUAACUACUGCGUGAAGCUCAUGUGAGUAAAGGUAAAGUGAUGGUCCUCACACCUGAGGAUACCUAGAUCAAGUGCUUUACUGUACUUAAAAAGUUAUACUUCAAACUGGAUAUUCAGCACACAUCUGUGGUUGCGCUCUCACUUAUACGAUUCAUUAAUAACAAAACACUUUCAUUACUUGGAUAGAACUGUUGCCAACUUAUCAUCCUUGAGACAACCACAACAACCAGCCAUGUGUAACACAUCACUUCCAUGACAAACUGACACAAAUUAUAACUAGGAUUAAGUUAAGAUAAUCAAUGCCAUGACAAAACCUAAUGCUAAUUAAAACUAGCAUUAGAUUUAGUUCAUCAGUACCAAGACAAAUAGUGAACCAAGUUAUAAAAAAAUCCAAGGUUGUCACACUGAGCACAAAUACUAUGUGGAGAGAUGAUGAUACACUUUGAAACUUCUCCCACAGUGAUCCCUCACAAGCCCCCGCACUACACCAAUAAACUUUCAAAGGAUAACAAUCACUUUACUGCCAACUAAUUGUAAAAUUAUUGCUGAUAAUCUUAUACAUCAUACAGUACAUCAGAAAUUACUAAUGAUUAUCAAACUAAACAACAAAACAAUCUGUACUGUCAACUGAACCAUUUGUCUAUACAGGUGUACAUUAAAAAAUAACUUGUUUCAACAUUAAUAUAGCCAAGGCCAGCUGAGUAUGGUACAGUACUGUAGUUACAACAUAGAAUGUGUUAAAUAAUGUAAUGUAACCAAUAUCAAGUGUGUUAUACAGGGGCACUGAUUAUAGUGUCAAAUAAUUAAGAUUAUCAUUAAAAUAUUUAUACCAGAACCAGCUGUCUUAAGCAGCUAUUCUUUUACCAUAUGUGUGCUGAAUAAAACAUUCCACUGGUGUGAUGUGAUGGCUCAUGACAAAAUUAUUUCCAGUAUUCUCCACAUUUUCCCUAUGAACUCGUAAGCUUUUAAAAAUAUUAUAUAAAGAUGUAUAGAUACUUACGAUAUGUAAAAGAAAUAUCUGAUCUGUUUCUGGUUCUGUUGAGAAUUAGUUUAGACUUAGAUAAACGAUACAUGUUAUAGGUCUCCUGUAUGGUGACAAUAGACCCUUCUGUUGCCCUUGCACCAUACAUACUACACUUCCAGCCAUCAUUCUUAGACAGUGCUUGAGUUGUGGUGCAAGUAGGAACAAAUAAUCAAACUAUAUGUCUGUAGUUUUAACAUUCCAAUUAAGUAUAUGUCAAAACUUAAGUAUUAUAGGGAUCAACCCACUUAACGACUAAUACAUAAAAAAAAAAACGUUUACACUCCAUAAGGAAAAAACCUCCAUCUAUCAGAUCUAGAGUGAGGUCAAGUGUGAGGUUAAGUAACAAGAACAUUUGAGGUACAACAUUAGGAACAACACACUCUCUCUGACUCACUCUCAGCCUGUACUAUACUGUACUGUAGUGUAUAAGAAUUGUGGCAGAAAUGUUUCUUGUUGUGCUACUAAUGUCCACCUAGAUUCUGAAGUCUGUUUGAUAGAAUACAACAGAUAUUUCAAAGUGAUGCUAACUUUUUACUUGUCCUUCCCCAAACUAGCUUUGUAUGGCCCUUGUCUCACAGGGAUGAACAAGGUUACCUAGCUGGUACUUGUUGGACUGUAUCAGAGUUAAGGCAGGUUCACAGUAAACACUUUGAUUUAUCUAUCCGUAGAAGCCAGUGUAUUAAAGCUCCCUACUCUUCUUGGCAUACCAUAACUCAACCACGAUUUGUAUUUACUUACAUGCUGAUAUGUCAAAAAUUUUGGAGCAAUAAAAUGUCUUUCAAUAAA